AUGAUAGGUGCCAAGAAUGAAAUAAAAAAAAAUUAUAAACGGAAAAGAAAUUACGUAGAAGAAAACAAACAUAACUUUUACAAAAAAUGUAAUAAUGGAACAAAUAAAACGAAUGUGAUGGAAAAUACCAACAAGGAGAAUGGAGGAGAGGCCUACAGUUGUAACUUAAAUAACAAAUACAUAUUUGAAGGAAGUGUGAAAAUAAAAAAUAAGAGUAAUAACAUUUUUUAUAACAAGGUACAGGUAUUUAAUCGUGAUAUGAGUAUUAUUCUAAUAAAGGCGUUAGAGAUAUAUUUAAAAAAUAAAAACAAAGAUAAGGAGAAGAUUUUAUUUAGAGGAUUUAAUGUCGUUGAAUUGUUAAGUGCAAGUGGAAUAAGAAGCAUAAGAUAUGUGAAGGAAUUACAAGAAACGAUAAAUCACAUUAUUGCAAAUGAUAUUGAUAAAUACGCUUGUAAGCAAAUAAGAAGAAAUUUUAAAAGAAAUCAGAUUAAUAAAGAAAAGUAUACCAUUCUAUGCAAUGACGCAAAUAGUGUCAUGAAUAUAUUAAAUAUUGACAAUAUUUAUGGAAAGAAAAGAAGUAAUAAGAAAUUAGACAUUGGAUUUUCGUACAUCAACAAUACAACGGAUUAUAAUGACUACUUUAGGGAAGCUUUGAAAUUUUUAAAAUAUUUAACUAAUUACAAUAGAGUCAAGUCGGAUGAUGUUAGGGAAGAAAAGCCGAACAAUAGCAUAGAUAAUAACAGGGUCUAUACCAAUGAUGCUAAUAAUGAGACUAACAUGAAUCAUAACAAUGACACUAACAUGGAUCAUAACAAUGACACUAACAUGGACUAUAACAAUGACACUAACAUGGACUAUAACAAUGACACUAACAUGGACUAUAACAAUGACACCUUGAAUGAUAGGAAUAAUAAGAACAAGAAAAGUGCGAAUAAUAAUUACGUUGAAGAUCAUGAUCAUUUGCAGGAAAGUGAUUCAACGGCAUUUUCAUCCAGUGACGAAACUGUUACAAACAUUGACGCAUCAAAUGAGGCGUACAAUAAAACGGAGAACAGCAGUUAUACUCGCGUUAACAAUGCAUAUUUGGCUGUUGGUGGAAAUGAACCCAUUGAUAGGGAAACCAAAAAUGAAAUAAACCAAAUUGAGAAGAUCCAAAACACAGGGGUAACACAAAACAUAGGAGAUAAAAAUAACUUGAGUGAAAGACAAAUGGAAGAAAUAAUUAAAAAUAACAAAAUUAUGGAAAAGUACAUGUUUGAUAUAAUAGAUAUAGACCCAUACGGGUCGUCGUUGGAAUAUCUUGAAAGCUGCUUAAAAUAUGGAAGAAGCAAUUUCUUUAUUUUAAUAACUAAUACAGAUAUGAGAGUACUAAAUGGAAAAUUCCCAGAUGUUUCUUUUUAUAAAUACAAUAGUAUGAUAUUUAGUCAAAAAGUAAAUUACAAUAAGGAAUAUUGCAUAAGAGUAUUAUUUUAUAAAAUAAAAACUAUUGCAGCAAAAUAUAAGAAAUGUGUUAUCCCGUAUUCUUCCCUUAAUAUUGAUUUUUAUAUUCGUAUAUUAAUACAAGUAUUAGAUGAUGCACUACAGACAAAGGACCUUUGUAUUGAUAGUGGUUUGGUCUACCAAUGCAAUAACUGCUGUAGCUUUUACAUUAAUCCCAUGGCAUCUAAGAAAGAUGUUAACCUAUCAGAUAUAGAAAAUAACAAACAUUCGAAGAAAAGAAGAAGAAACAAAAGGAAUGCUAUUUUUUCAAAUGCGAAGAAGAAUAAUCAUACUUUUGAAGAAACUGGACAUGGACCUGCAGAACUAAACACUUUGAAUGACCAUGAGCACAAUCAUGAAUCUGAGAAUAUGACAGUUGAAUAUAUUGAAGACGAUGUGGUAGAUGAUGGUACAACAGAAAAUGUGGAAAAUGGAAAUAAUAUCGAUAAAUUGGUACAUGAUGACAUUGUCGAAAAAGAAGAAAAUUUUAAAAAAUCCUUAAAUGGAGAAUAUCCAGAUAACAAGAGAAAUAGUGUGAAUAUCGAAUUCACACAAAAUGCAGGAGAUGUGAAUGCAGAUAUAGUUAGUGCUAUUGCAGAGAGACCAUUUCAAAAAGAAGAAUAUGAAAAGGAUGAGAACCCCAUUAUUUGUCAUAGGUAUAAAUGCAGCAAGUUAAACAUUUCAAAUAAAUGUAUGGAAUGUGGAGGAGAUAUAUUAUUAGGUGGACCAAUUUAUAUCGGAAAAUUACACAAUGAUGACUUUAUUCAUACGUGCAUAUCGUUACUAGAAAAUUUGGAAGAAUAUAAUUUAAAUACGAUAAAAUCUAGAGAAAGAAUAUUAAUAAAUUUUAGAUGCUUAAAACAAGAAAUAAAUGUUCCCUUGUAUUAUAAUUUACCAUCCUUAUUCAGAAAUUUUAAAAUUUGCUCAUUUUCAAGACGAUUGCUAGUGAACGCAUUGUUGAAUUUGAAUUAUCAAGUUUCUUAUUUUCAUAAAGAUCCAGAUAGUGUAAAAACAAAUGCACCCAACAGUGUUUUCAUGGAUAUAUUUCGCGCUAUUAUUUAUAAAAUAAAUUCCAAAAAAAGAAAAUCGAAUACUGUAGAACCUGGAAAAGAUGAAAUAAAUUCCCAGAACAAUAACAACGAAGGGACUGAAGAUAGAUCAAAAAAAAUAUAUUCUAUAAAUACCAUAAAGGAUGAAAAAUUAAGAGAAAAAUUAUUAUCAUAUGAAUUUUUCAAAAAAAAUUCAGCCUUUGAUAACAUAGACAUUUCUAAUUAUAAGAAAAACGACAAUGUGCAUAUGAAACUGUUCACUUUACAGAACCCUGAGCCAUUUUGGGGACCAAUGAAAAAGCAUCAUGAGAAAAAUUAA